GUGUAAAAAUAAAACACAAAUCCCAAAUACAUUUCCAUGGAGGAGAGAUAGAGGAGAUAGGGAAAGUUGAAAGAAUUCAAUUCAUUUACUCCAAUCCUCUGACUCUCUGGAAAAAUAUAUUUCCUAUUCUAACUCUCUUUCUUUUCUACACCACCAUGGCUCCUUCACCAUCUUUGCUUUCCAUUUUCUUCUUAUUCUUCAUGAUCACAGUUGCUUCCUUCUCUAAACUUCGACAUGCAGUGAAACUGCCAUUUCACCCUUGGGAUGUGCUCCCUCUGCUGCCCAGACAGGCCGCGUGGCCUAUCCUCAACUCGCUUAACAGCCCGGUGGACCUUCUGCCCAGCUUCGUGGGCGCUGCCUCGUCCCCGAACGACACUUUGGAGUGGAAAGGCGCGUGCUUUUACAAGAACAGGGCUUGGAUGGAGUUCCACAACAAGAGUGGCACUGAAUUUGGCGGUGGUACCCUUCACAUCAAGGUUAGCAAUGCUCACAGUUGGACAUGUAUGGAUCUUUAUGUCUUUGCAACUCCAUACCGUGUGACAUGGGAUUACUAUUUGCUAUCUCGGGAACAUACAUUUGAGUUUAAACAGUGGGAAGGGAAAGCUGAGUAUGAAUAUGUGAAAAACAGGGGAGUUUCGAUUUUCCUAAUGCAAGCAGGCAUGCUGGGAACUCUUCAAGCAUUAUGGGAUGUCUUCCCCUUAUUUACAAACACGGGAUGGGGUGAGAACUCUAAUAUAGGAUUUCUUGAGAAGCACAUGGGAGCUACCUUUGUACAACGCCCUCAGCCCUGGGUAACAAACAUCAGUGUUGAUGAUAUUCACUCUGGAGAUUUCCUUGCGAUAUCCAAAAUCCGUGGCCGAUGGGGUGGUUUUGAGACUCUGGAGAAGUGGGUCAGUGGAGCAUAUGCUGGUCAUACUGCUGUUUGCUUAAAAGAUUCUGAAGGAAAGUUAUGGGUUGGUGAAUCAGGGCAUGAAAAUGAAAAGGGAGAAGAUAUAAUUGCUGUAUUACCGUGGGAUGAGUGGUGGGAUUUUGAGUUGAAUAAAGAUGAUUCCAAUCCCCAUAUUGCAUUGCUUCCGUUGCAUCCUAAUACGAGAGCGAAGUUUAAUGAGACUGCUGCAUGGGAGUAUGCAAGGAGCAUGGAUGGAAGACCGUAUGGUUAUCAUAAUAUGAUAUUCAGUUGGAUAGACACUAGAGACGGGAACUUUCCACCUCCCUUAGAUGCUCAUCUGGUUGCUUCUGUAAUGACAGUUUGGAAUCAAAUACAGCCUGCAUAUGCUGCGAACAUGUGGAAUGAAGCCUUGAACAAACGCCUUGGGACUCAGGGUCUUAGUCUUCCUGAUGUUCUUGUAGAAAUUGAAAAUCGUGGGUCAUCUUUUGAUGAAUUGCUGACUAUUCCCGAGCAGGACGACUGGCUAUACGCUGAUGGGAAGUCAACAUCCUGUGUUGCUUUCAUUCUUGAAAUGUACAAGGAGGCAGGAUUAUUUGAUCCAAUUGCUAGCUCUAUUCAAGUCACUGAGUUUACAAUAAAGGAUGCUUAUACGCUCAACUUUUUCGAGAAUAAUUCAAGCCGCCUGCCACAGUGGUGCAACGACGGGGACAAUGUGAAGCUCCCUUUUUGUCAGAUUCGAGGGAAGUAUCGAAUGGAAUUACCUGGGUACAAUUCGAUGGAACCAUAUCCGCAUAUGAAUGAAAGAUGUCCAUCUCUGCCACCGAAAUACUCAAGAACACAGAAUUGCUAGAAGUCUCUGAAUAUUUUUUUUUCACUGGAAUUUUUACACAUGGAUGACCUAAUCCCUGGCUUUUUAGCUGGUAGGUCUACUCUGUAUGGUAUUGUUUGAUAUGAUGGCAUGAAAGAUCCAUAUGGAAAGUGUUUUGAUUUCAGCUGUAAAUAUGCUGAUCAGACAGUACAAAAGGAAGGCAUUCAACUAUUAAAUUGUUGUACAAUAUUCAUGAAAGCAAGAAAAUGAACAGUGAAUUGCAUAGCA